GUCAAUCAGGCUGCUUGGAGCUCCCUCUAGCGGGGAAUGCGGCUCUGGCUAUGCGUUGCAAUCUCGUCCUCGCUCCUACUUUCGCUUUCUUCUUUGCUUUUUUUAGUGCGACGACCGGGAGGGAGAGGGAAUAAAAGCGAGAGCGAGGAAGAGAGUUGGACGGAGAAAAGGCUAAGAGACCAGCAAGCAAAGCCUCCGAAGAGAGGACUGAGCUUUACUGCAAAAAAAUCGGACUGGCAGCAGGUAAGGAGUGCACUGAGAUCCACAAUGGUGGAAGACUUUGAGGUGGCCAUUUCUCAGGGCCAAUUGGCAGACGCUAUGUCACAUGUGCUGGCAAAACCACUGCCCUUUUUCAACAGCACUCCGCUCCACAUUGCCGUAGUAGGAGAGCCCGGCUCCGGGAAGUCCUCCUUCAUAAAUGCCAUGCUGGGUCUUCGUGCUGAUGACCCGCGUGCCGCUGCCACUGGCAUACAGAUGACGACAGUCCAAGUCAAGGAUUACCCACACCCGACACUUCCGCAAGUGAUCCUUUGGGACCACCCCGGAAGGGGAACGCCAACUUUUGGGGAGGACAAAUUUGAGAAGAAGGUCGAUUUGAAUCACUUUGAUUUCUUCGUCAUCGUCGGCUCCCAGCGCUUCCGCUCCACCCAUUCUGACCUGGUCCGUGAGAUCCAAGAUAUUGGCAAGAGCUUCUACUUUGUGCGCACCAAAGCAGACCUGGACCUGUCGGCCGCCAGGAGGCAACAGCCAUCUGACUACAGUGAGAAGAAGGUCCUCUUGCACAUCCAGGAGGACUGCAAAGAGUGCUUGGUAAGAGAAGGAGUGAGGGACCCACAAGUCUUCAUCGUCUCCAACUGGGAAGCUGACCGCUUUGACUUCCCCCUCCUGCAGGAAACGCUGAAGAACGAUCUCUUCCAGCUGAAGAGGCAAGCCUUUCUGCUCCGCUUCCCUAGCAUCUGCCUGCCUAUCUUAGAGAAAAAGAAAACCACUGUGAAGGAGAAGAUUUGGACCAAAAGGCUUUGUUUGCUGGUCGCUCUUGGAAGCCCAGUUCCCUUCCUUCUCCCCAUAUUUCUGUUUAGUAAGUUCCGCUCCUGGUGCUUCCUGGACUUUGGCCUGGACAAUCCAUCCCUUGCAGCUCUGGCCCAGCGUGUUGGAAAGACAAGCACAGCCCUUAAAGCAGCAAUGCAGUCCCUGGGAAUGUUCUCUGCCAUUUUAUGGGUGCUGCCAGACUUGGUGGGACUCUCAGUGAUGGCUUAUGAAUAUCACCGCUGGGAGCAUUUCCCCAUCUUUGGCUGCCUUCUGUCCGGAGGGAUUUCGCUUCCUCGCACCUACUUCAUGCUGCAGAAAUGCAUAUCGGGUGCUGCUGAUGACACCCAGAGGGUUUUGUCCAAAGCUCUUGAGGCAGAGGGGAAAAAGUCCAUUUAGCAGCAAGCAGAUGUGCCAUGAUGACUAAGUGCUUGAUAUAUAGUAUCUGGUGAAUUCUACGUUUCCAUUUUUAAAACAACCACCACCAAAAGACAUUAAAAUAAUAAUAAUCAGAUGAUCAGGUUUUUUAUUUUAAAAAUUCCAUAAAUCUUAGGCUUCUCAUUUUUUUUUAAAAAAAAAGCCUAAGUGAAAUAAUCUGAAUGCCAGCAUAAUACCCCUUCAGUUACUUUUUAAAAUUACUCUCUCUACCCAAUGUAUAAGAAUUAAGACCAACACCAAAAAUAGACUUUGGGACAAAUAGAACUUUUCCUAUUCAUAAUUCUUUCAGUCCACUAAUGAAUUGCUCUGUAUAUGAUGUCAGACUAGAAAAAACUAGUGACCUCUGUGAACCUGCUUGCAAGGAUGGUCUCAAGUUAGAAUUUAUGCAGGCUGCAGCAUUCACUUUCUCUCCCUCUCUCUAUAUAUAUAUGCUGCAUUUGAACAGGAGUUAGCUCUAUAUCACAAGUCCCAUGCAACAUCUCUUUCAGAAUUUUCUUUCCCUCAGACACACUCAAACUGAAGGAGGGCAUUCAGCUAGACAGGAGCCUCCACAUUGGUGAAAUAGAAAGUUGAGGUAAUUUUAAUCUGUUCUAGUAUUUUAACUCUUGCAUAUCUUAAAACACGACUGUAAUUGUUUCCUGGUUUUAUUGUUUUAUCUCUUUGCAAACCACUUUGAGGUUUUAUUAGAAUCAAGUGCUGUAUAAGUUUUCAUGAAAUAAACUAAUUGGUUAAAUUAA